UUAAACCACUACGAAGGCUACACCAUGAAUGCUUGAAAGAAACAGAGAAUUCAGAUCUGUAGUUUCACGAGUGACAGACAGCCAUGGGUGAAGCUCCCUUGCACAUAGCUAUGUUCCCUUGGUUUGCCAUGGGGCACCUAAUCCCAUAUCUCCAUCUCUCCAAUAAAUUAGCUAAAAGAGGUCAUAGAAUUUCCCUCAUCAUCCCCAGAAACACACAAUCCAAGUUACUCCAUUUUAAUCUCUACCCACAUCUCAUCACUUUCUUCCCCUUCACUCUGCCUCGCUGUGAUGGCCUUCCUCACAAUGCAGAAACAACUUCUGAUGUUCCUUUCUCUUCGAUCUCACUUCUCAUGACGGCCAUGGAUCGUACUGAGAACCACAUCCAGCAGCUCCUCCUUCAGCUAAAGCCACAAAUCAUUUUCUUUGACUUUGUAUAUUGGCUUCCUAACAUGGCUCGCAGACUAGGAAUCAAGUCUCUUCUAUACUUGAUAGUUAACCCCGCGACUGUAGCUUACGCAUGUUCCCCUGAAAGGAUGCUUCAGGGAAGCAAGUUGAUCGAAGCAGAUCUCAUGAAACCUCCUUCGGGAUACCCUUCUUCUUCCAUCAAGCUUCAUCCACAUGAAGCAAAAUUCCUUAAUUGGAAAAUAACAUCAUUUGAAUUUGGAAGUGGGGUUCUCUUCUACGAUCGUUUAUAUAGUUGUUUGACGCAAACAGAUGCUAUAGCAUUCAAAGGCAGCACAGAAAUUGAAGGCCCCUUUGUUGACUACCUCGGAAACCAAUUUCGGAAGCCCGCUCUGCUUUCCGGACCUGUUAUUCCCGAGCCACCCACGCUUGGUUUAGAAGAAAAAUGGGCUAAGUGGCUCGGAGAACUCAAGAAAGAUUCUCUGGUGUAUUGUGCACUUGGAAGCGAAUGCAUGUUAGAGAAAAACCAAUUCCAAGAAUUGUUGCUUGGUCUUGAGCUGACGGGAUUUCCAUUUUUAGCGGUACUGAAGCCACCAAGUGGAUUUGAGUCAGUGGAAGCAGCCAUGCCUGAAGGUUUCAAGGAAAGAGUUAAAGAGAAAGGGAUUCUUUAUGGAGGAUGGGUUCAGCAACAAGCGAUCUUGGGUCAUCCAAGUGUAGGUUGCUUCGUAACACAUUGCGGGGCAGGAUCUCUAACAGAGGCAUUGGUGAAUAAGUGUCAGAUUGUGCUGCUUCAACAUUUGGACACAGAUCAUAUAAUGAAUGCAAGCUCAAACUUGAAGGUUGGGGUUGAAGUGGAGAGAGGAGGAGAAGAUGGAUUGUUCACCCGAGAAGGUGUGUGUAAGGCUGUGAGGAGCGUGAUGGAUGAUGAGAACGAGGUUGGGAAAGAGAUCAGAGAAAACCAUGCAAAGUUGAGAAGCUACUUGUUAAGCGAGGAUUUGGAAUCUUCUCAUGUGGACAGUUUUUGUGAGAAGCUGCGUGAUUUAGUGAAGUGAAUGGAGCUAUAGAUUUAGCCAGGAAGCCAUAUGAACACAAGAUGAGGGAGAUCGGAGAUACAACUUUUGCAUGAAGCCAUACAAAAGUGAAGCGAGGAAUAUCAGAGCUACAACUUUUACACGAAGCCACAUGAACAUGAGGCGAGGGAGAUCGGAGCUACAGCUUCGGCAUGAAGCUACACGAAUGCCAUCACUAGUUAGGGAAUCAGCUACUUAGGUGGGGGUUUCCUAAUCUUUUAAUCUCAAUUUCUUUCCAAAAUUCCUUCAAUCCAAAUGUUAAUACUUCUCACCGUCUCUGCCUCCCUCUCUCUAUAUAUAUAUUUGGUAACUUUGAUUCAUCUCUCUCCCUCUGCCUCAUAUUUUAUUUUUCUAGGAUUUUAUUACAUUUGUGAUUAUAUUAGUGGUAUAUGCUUGUAUAUCAAUGAUAUACAUCAGUGAAAAAUUUGUUAAUAUCAUAAUUCCAGUUCUUGUAUAUCAAUGAUAUAUAGUUGUUUAUCUAUGAUAUAUGAUCGUUUUUCAGCAA